GAAAAACGGCGUUGCAUGAAGUUAGGAUAUGCUGAAACUAUUCAAAAUUUCAGUCAGGGACCCUAGAAGCCCAUCAAAUCUACUCAGAACUCCAAAAACAAAUGAGUUCGAAAAAAAGCACCAACUUCACAUGGGUCCAGAGAAAAUCCAUGUUCUUUUCUAAGUGGCCUAUUGAAGCAUUCAACAAAUUUGUUACUACUUUUUCUACUACUAUUCUUACUUAAUAAUAUAACCUACAAUGCCACAUGCUUUGUAGUAUCCCAAAGAAUGGGAUUUACAUUACAUUUACGAAAAAUUCCCACCAGCUGAUUGGAAAGCCCAGGUCAUAUCUAAUUUAACUUGAUUCGAUACAAAAUGGAUAGGCCACCACGAAAUGAACCUCCGGUUGAGCCUGUAAAUGGCAUAGUACAGCCGCAUGUUCAUCCUCCUACAGACAAUCCUGGACGUGUCACUAAUCAGCUACAAUUCUUGCAGAAAACCGUACUAAAAGCUGUUUGGAAGCAUCAGUUUGCAUGGCCCUUCCAACAGCCAGUUGAUGCAAAAAAACUCAAUUUGCCUGAUUAUCACAGAAUCAUUAAACAACCUAUGGACCUGGGAACAAUAAAGAAACGCCUCGACAACAACUACUACUGGUCGGGGAAAGAGUGUAUUCAAGAUUUCAACACGAUGUUUACAAACUGUUAUGUGUACAAUAAACCCGGAGAAGACGUUGUAGUUAUGGCACAGACUUUGGAAAAGGUGUUUCUCACAAAAGUGGCCGAUAUGCCUAAGGAGGAAUUUGUGGUAGAGACUCCCACCAAAGGGACGAAAGGGAAGAAGAUCCGAACUAGCACUGGAUCCGCUGGUCCUGUUCCCAGUGCUGGGAGGGGUAGGCCUCCUGCUACUGUAUCUUCAACUAGUGCUACACCAGUUGCUACAACAACAGGCUCGUCGGGCCUACCACUGGGCACGCAAGCGCCCGCCACCGUCCCGGGAAGUACGGCGACCACCACCAUAGCUCCCGCCACCACCAACAACAAUAACAACAGCUCUCUGCCGCCCGCGCAGCCGGCAGCGCAGCCGCCGCCGCCGAACAGCUUCCACGGCGCCCCCUCGAUAGCGAACUCGCUCGACUCGAGCGCGGCGUCUUCGGUGAUGGGCGGCAACGUCAUACCGCCCUCUCAACCGGCCAAGGUGAAAAAGGGCGUGAAGAGAAAGGCGGACACGACGACGCCGACGGCGGCGGCAUUCGACUACGCGCCCCCCAUCGAAUCGAAGACGGCGAAGAUCUCGACGCGCCGCGAGUCGGGCAGGCAGAUCAAGAAGCCGGCGCGGCCGGAGAUGGACGGACACGUGCCGCAGCCGGCGUCGCACAAGCCGAAGGAGAAGCUCAGCGAUCCGUUGAAGGCGUGCAACGAGAUCCUGAUGGAGUUGUUUUCGAAAAAGCAUUCUAACUAUGCUUGGCCCUUUUAUCAACCAGUCGAUGCAGAUCUACUGGGUUUGCACGACUAUCACGACAUUAUUAAAAAACCCAUGGACUUUGGCACUGUCAAACAAAAGAUGGACAACAGAGAAUAUCGUACUCCGCAAGACUUUGCUGGCGACGUUAGACUGAUUUUUACUAAUUGUUAUAAAUACAACCCUUCGGACCACGAUGUGGUGGCGAUGGCUAGAAAAUUGCAAGAUGUGUUUGAAGUUAAGUUUGCUAAAAUUCCUGACGAACCAAUCAAUAGGGUAGGCGGAGGUGUGUCUAGUUUGGCGACGAAAUCUGAUUCUAGUAGUUCUGGUUCAAGUUCGGAAUCUUCCAGUGAUACCGAGGAUUCUGAGGAGGAGAAGCGGAACAAGCAAUUGAAAUUAUUAGAAAAAGAGUUGACGGCCAUGCAGGAAAAAAUGCGCAAACUGGUCGAGCUGAGCUCGAAAACGAAGAAGAAAGAAAAGAGCAAAGACAAGGUGAAACCGAAGAAGGGCCCGUCCGCCGCCGCCGCCGCCUCGAUACCGAACAGUAGCAGCGGAGGCGGUGGCGGCGGCGGUGGCACCAGCCUAGGCAAGCCGGGGGCGCACGUGGCGCUCAACAAGUCGAACUCGGUGGCCGACAGCGUCGACGACAGCAUAGCGAGCGUGGUGUCGGGGGCCGAUUUGAAGAUGGCGGUGGAGGCGCAUCAUCCGCCAGCGAGCAAGUCGCUGAACGUGCACCACAACGCCGGGGCGGGGGCGAACGCGUCGGCGCAAGCUAAGACUCCGAAGACCAAAGGUGUACGCGGAAAGCCCGCAGCGGCAGCACCCAAUUCGGCCCCCAAAAAGGUUAGAGCGAACAAUAAAAAUAAUGCAGGGAGGAAGAAAACUGCAGCACAGCCGCCACCGCCCGCUUGUGAUUCUGAGGAGGAGGACAAUGCAAAACCUAUGUCUUAUGAUGAGAAACGUCAGUUAUCUCUGGAUAUAAACAAAUUACCAGGUGACAAAUUAGGAAGGGUUGUACAUAUUAUCCAAUCGAGGGAGCCUUCCUUGCGUGACUCGAACCCCGACGAGAUCGAAAUCGACUUCGAGACGCUGAAACCGUCUACGUUGAGGGAGUUGGAGAGUUACGUCGCGUCGUGCCUACGUAAAAAGCCACGUAAGCAAUACUAUAAAAAAGUUGCUGGGAAAUCUAAGGAUGAACAAAUGGCGGAAAAAAAGCAGGAGCUGGAGAAGAGACUUAUUGAUGUUAACGAUAAAAUUGGAAAUCCAAAGAAAGGUCCGAAAAAAGAUGAUACAAGUAAAGCUGAUCCUACAGGAGCAGGAGGACCAUCAGGACGUCUGUCCUCUAGCUCUAGUAGUUCGGACUCUGACAGCAGCAGUAGCAGCCUCUCUAGCAGCUCCAGCGAUUCCAGCGAUAGUGAAGCAGGUGCUACAGGAAACAGGCAACCGAAAAAGAAAGGAACUAAAAAAUCGCCCAAUCCUUCUGUUAACAAUUCUUCUACGAAUAUACAGAAACCACCACAACCAGCACCCGUCGCACCACCAACGACAAACACAAACAGCAUUCCUGAGAUCGCUCCAGCAGCCCCUUUGGUCGUUCCCCCAAUUAGCGUCGCAAGCCUAACUAUCAAACAGCAAGCGCCUGUCACAAUCGCUGCAUUACCUGUUUCCACUCCCAAACCGUCUACCACCUCUGGAAAGUUACCUUUGGCCUCACCUUCACUCGUCCAAACUCUCACUCCCACCACUAUUCCCCAACCAGUCAAACCUGUCACGUUACCGACUCCUUCUCCCGAUACACCAAAACCCAACAUCAUUUCAUCCGUUGGUACAUACACUGACCCUCUAGAACAGUCCUUGGCAAGUUUAGAGCAUGACAUAAAGCAAAACAACCCCAUAGAUGCAGUAGUCGCAUCGACCAUUAUGCAGAUGCCUACUUCCUUGAGUAAUCCUGUUGUGUCUCAUCCUCAUCCUACCAUUCAUUUGAACCCUAACCUAAGUCAUCCUAUUUUGCAGCCCAGUACUAUGAAUAUGGAUCUCAAAGCGCCUGUUAAUAUGGGUAUAAUGCCGAGUAACCCCUUGAUGCAUCACGGAAUAAGCGAAUCGGAUAUUCCGAAUUUAAUGCAGACCCAUAAUAACCAACCAAAUAUGAUGCAUGCGCAGAAUAACGGAUUCGGAUUGAAACAUGAUUUCGAAAUGGGAAUGAAUAAUAAUGGAAUUUCAUCGAUGGGCUUACCCAUGGAGUUAUCGAUUCCUUCCAUGUUUGAUCCCAUACCUCAACAUAUGAACAACCAAUUAAUAAAAAAUGAACCGCCUCACAUGAACGACCGUCUUGACGUAAUUAGUAAUUUAUUGAAUGACAAAAAACUCAACUUGAAUCAGAAACCACUUUCUCAAACGUUUGGUGGUUUCAAAACAGAUAAGGCAGAGCACAAUGUAAAAAAUGCCAGUUCUUGGUCGAGUUUAGCCAAGGGUAAGUCACCACAAAGCAAUACGCCAGGAGGCAGUAGCAAACAACAAGUGAUGGAUAGUUUCAAAGCUUUCCAGAACAAAGCGAAGGAAAAGGCCGAUAGAGAAAAACAGCGGCUAGAAAAUCUGGAACUCAAGAGACAGCAGAGGGAGCAAGCCGAAAGAGAAAGGCUACGAGCGGAAAACGAGAGGAGGAGAGAACGAGAAGAGGAAGAUGCUUUAGAAAAGGCGAGGAAAGCUGUGGCUGAACAACAACAACAACAGCCUAUCUCUGCACAAAGAGUUGAAGAGCUGAAAUCAUCACCGGGCGAGGGAAGUACAUCUCCUGGUUCCUUGAGUUCAGGAUCAGAUAGAAUUUCUGAAAGAGAACGUCAAAGGCUUCAGGAGCAAGAAAGGAGGAGAAGAGAGGUGAUGGCAAACAAAAUUGAUAUGAACAUGCAAAGUGAUUUGAUGGCGGCUUUUGAGGGUUCUUUAUAAUAAACGUGUGCGUGUUUGAGAACAUUUGAGAAAAAUGUGUGUAUUUAAUUGUAUUUAUAUGACAAUUUUAUCAGGUGUUACUAAAAUUAGACGCUCAAAAAACUUUUUGAAUGCUUCCAGAAUCAGUUUUGCUGCAGAAUCAUUCACAAUAUGAUUUUUUUAUAGCCAACUCGUCUUUUAACUAUUUUAUAAGUUAGAAAUGUUUUCACAUAGUUUGUAUAUAGCAUAUAGAAUCUAUUAUACAUUGUACAUAAAUAUUGGGUUGAUUAUUGUCUUAGUUUUUGUUUCUUAACAAUUUUUUAAAUUUUAUUUCAAUUAUAACUUCAUAAAUAUAAAGUGAAUUGGUAGUGAAAAUAAAAUGUAAAUUGGUAUUUUUGGUAAGUUCAAAUGAUAAUGAUACUCAUACUGCACUUAGUUUUUGACUAGCUUCAAAAUGACACUUUUCUUGGUUUUCUGUAAUAAUGUUGUUAAUUCUUUUGUCUUCAUGAAAAUUGCUAACAAUAGGUUCAAUGUUCAAUCAUAGUUCAAAUUAUCUUAUACUAUUCCAUUUUUGGUUAAUUUGUAAAAUAAUUAUUUAUAUGUAUAAUUUAUUAAGUAGACGUCAUAUAAUUGUAUAGUGUGCAAUUAUAUAUUGAAAUUU